AUGACUGUCUAAAAAUCCCCGCACCGUAGCGCAAUGUACAAGAAAGAAAGCUGAGGUUUUUAACUGCGGAUAUUUCAAGAUUAAUUCUUAUUUAUCAUUAUCGUAAUAACUUCCAGUGUUACUUUCAUUACUCUUUGUGUGUAUUUUAAGUACAACCAAAUUCCAGUUAUCCGGAUUUAUGAUAUCCGAAUCGUUGUUCCUUUCCUGACCAAGACCAGCUGGAUGAAAAGUAUGGCAGCUGGGAAUAAGACUUUCUUAUUGCCCGCUUUUCUUUUCCUGCAGCUUUCAUUCUUCAGCAACGGUGCUACUUUCGGAAGAAUUUUUAAAAGAGACACUGAAAGCCACGAAACGGACGCAAACGGAGUCAAGCCUUUGGUUUUCCUUACCGUAUCUUCUUUAGCUUCACGCACUCGCAAUGAAGAACCACGUACACUUGAACUCAAUUGGGACCACAUACCACAUAAUCUUUCAGAGAAUGGUGAUGUCUGGAUAGGAUUGUAUGAUCGCGACCCAGUUGAUGACACUAGUAACCCAUUAGUAUCUACGAGACCAAAUCCACAAGGAUAUUUCAGAACAUCAAUACGAUUUCCAGUCCAGACUUUCAAGGGUGAUAGUCUUACAGAUGCUUGCCUUGGUUUCUGGAUUGCAUUAAUACACAACAGUGAAAUUUUAUCAUCAAACUGCAUUAGAGCAAGGCCUAACUGGAUGUUCCAAGCCCAGUCUCUUAUAGGAAAUGUCGCCUUGAUAGAUCUAAUGAUACCUGGCACCCACAAUGCUGGAUGUUAUGCUGAUUUUAAUCCCAGAGAGGAUACAUUAGUCAACAGAUAUUUGCUUACUCAAGAAGAAACUAUUUGGAAUCAGUUAGUUUAUGGAAUUAGAUACUUAGAUUUGAGAGUAGCAUACUACAGAUCAAAAAGUUCUCCUGAACGUUUCUGGAUAACUCACAGCAAUUUCCGAACAGAGGUACCAGUGAGGGAAGUCAUUAACCAAGUGAAACAAUUUUUAAACGCCACCAACGAAAUUGUUAUAAUGGACUUUCAUAGAUUUGUAACAGGUUUCCAAGGGUCACGAGCGACUGCCAGGCACAGAGAACUAGUCCAGAUGCUCGAAAACGAAUUAGGAGAUUACAUGAUUCCAAUACAUUUUACUUCUUGGGCAACAUUAAAUCAGUUGUGGACUGAAGACAAGAGACUUUAUGUAGGUUAUGCAGAUGAAACCUCAAGAAAACAGAGCUUCCUCCUAUUUCCCGCCGUUAGACAUCUUUGGGGAGACGUAGAUACAGUAAACGGUCUUAAAGCAUAUUUAAACGAAACAGUUUGUUUUCAGACAGCAAGGAGGUUAACAUCCGCAAUGGCGCAGCUUACCCCUACUACAGCUGGCGCUCUUUUCGAUAUUUACGGUGGUCUUCGGAGCAUGGCCAAUGAUGUCAAUCAUCAUGUUACGAGAUGGUUUCGAGAUUCAUGGAAUCAUUGUGCAAAUAUCGUCUCAACCGAUUUCUUCCUUGGGAAUAAUAUGAUAGAAGUGGCAAUUGAAACGAAUAAAAAUAGAAUUUCAUCCGUAAACUAAGUAUUUUUAAAGAACUGAAUAUAUUUAAGCACAUAUUUCAUGAUUAAGAUCAUUGUAAAAAUUUGAAGUUUUUACCAUCAAAGUUGUUUUUACCAAUGUUAUUAAAAUAUUUAUAAAUAA